AUGAAAUGCUGGUGCAGCGCCCUGGCACUUCUCCCGUGGGUGCUGGUGGCCUUAGAUGCCCAGCUAAUCUGCUGGCAGGCGCUCCUCCGGUGCCACGAAGAGCCCGAGUGCGACCUCGCGUACAGUCAGUAUUUAGCAGCCUGUGAAGGUAACAUCAGAGGCACGAGGAAGCAGUGUCCCAGCCACUGCAUCAACGCGCUCAUACGCCUCAAUCACACGCGCAGCGGGCCUGACUUGGAGACCUGCGAUUGCGCACAGGACCUCGAGUGCCAGAGCGCCAAGCGAGCCAUCGAGCCGUGCCUCCCCCGCAGACACCCCAGCGACGCCGGGGGGAUCGGCUGCAUGGAAGCCCGGCAACGCUGCGAGGAGGACAGCAGCUGCCACACCUCCCUCACGGCUUACUUGUCGUACUGCGGCCAGCUGUUUAACGGCAGGAAGUGCUCCUCCAAGUGCAAAGCCACCAUCCAGCAGAUGCUCUUCAUCCCGAACGGCAUGCUGCUGAACCGCUGUGUUUGUGAUGGGGUCGAGAGGCCUUUCUGUGAAGUGGUCAAGGAGAACAUGAGCAAACUUUGCUCCAUAGGAGACAGCACUGUUAUUUCAGACCAGCCUGAUGUGGAUGACAUGUACGAGGAUGAAGACUAUGACCCGAAAAACGACAGAGAGGAGGUGUUUACUGACCAUUCCUCUGCUUCACAGGGGUCAGCCAGCUUCAUGACCCUCCUGUUUCUCUCCUUAGCAUGGAUAUUUUACUGA